AUGUCGGCAACGGUCACAUACUCGGGCGAUGCCGAGGCAACAGUGACCGAGCUUGCUCCUCCCCACAAGAUCAUGACAGGCUCGGAUGGCCGUGUCGGUACAGCACCAUCAAGUCGGCAGGGUGGCGACGGACGGAUCCGGUUCGAGGUGGUGUGUAAGGACCUGGCCGUCAUCCCGUUCUCGGACCUGACUAUUGGGCCGCUGCUUGGACAGGGUGGGUGCGGGACGGUGUACAAGGCGACGUGGCAGCACGCGCCUGUGGCAGUCAAGUUCCUCUCCAAGGCGCAUUCAGUCUCGGUCAUCCAGCAGUUCCUGGCCGAGAUCUCGAUCCUCUCCGAGAAGCGGCACCCCAACAUUGUGUACUACAUCGGCAUGUGUCCGGAAGAGGAGCACGUUGCGCUUAUUACCGAGUUUAUGCCCGGCGGUGAUCUGGCGACACUCAUCCACUCCUCGGGCCUCUACCUCGACCUCUCGCAUCGGAUCCAGCUCUUGAUGGACGUGGCCCGGGCGCUGGCGUACCUGCACGCUGACGAGAAGCCGCACCGCGACAUCAAGCCAGCCAACAUUCUGCUCUCGCAAGACUACUCAAUGGCCAAGCUCGGCGACAUGGGGCUGACCGGCGCCAAGACCGGCAAGUACGCCGGCUUUGGCACCCGGCUGUACAUGGCGCCCGAGGUCCUGCUUGGCGCCGAGUCGGACGAAACGUCCGACAUGUACUCGUUUGGCGUUGUCAUGUACGAGGUCCUCACCGGCCGCCGGCCGUUUCACGACACUGGCUACUCCAAGUCCAAGUCCAAGUCCAAGACUCGCACGAGAACAGCGAGCCCGACCGGGACCGGGACCGAGCUGCGGCCGCGGACCCGGCGUCGGACCGGUGGACCACCCCGAUCGCGCCGGGCCAACGUGUAUCAGAUGCCCGGACGCAUCCCAGCAUCGCUGCCGCCACGGCUGGCCGAGGCACUCCGAGCGUGCCUCGAUCCCGAACGAAUGCGACGGCCGACGGCCAACGCGGUGCUGGAGGCGCUGAGCGCUGCGCAAGAGAUGGAGACCUCACAGCUCGAGUCACAGCUUGAGGCGCGCCUGCAAGCUGCGGCGGCAAUCCGGCUGCAGGCCGCGUGGCGCGGGCGCCGCGAGCGCCAGGUCCUGCAUGCCCGUGGUAUCCCAGUCAAGAACGUCCAGCGUGCACCUGGAGCACUCGCCAUCCCGUCGUCGCUCCCGUACGUCGAGGACCAUUACCUCUCUGGCUCGACGCUCCGGAUCCUGGACAUGCGACUCGACUUGCUCAUCUCACGAAUGACGCAGCCGUUUGCGUCGGACGCCGAUCUUGUCCACACAGUCCUCUUCACCCACCCAUGCUUCCUGCCUGCGCCAUCGCUCGUCGAUGUACUUAUUUUGCGGUUCUCGGCGCCGGUGGCGUACCCUUCCCCGGAGCGCGAGGCGCACUACGCCGAUGCAGUCCUGCCCAAGCUUCGGCUCCAGGUUCUUGCGCUACUCAAAGUGUGGAUCCUCGAGUACCCGUCGGGGCUAGGUGAGGACAUGGACGCGGCGACCAAGCUCUUUGGCUUUCUCACGGACAUAGUGGCCGGCGAGUGUGGCGGCGAGAGGCGACGUGGUGGUGGGAGCGUGCGCCCAUCGACGCUCGAUGUCCUCCAACGUGCGCGGCAAGCGGCGCUCUCGCCCAAUGCGUCGAGCUCAAGCCUCGACAAUAGUGGCGUGUUCUCGGGACUCGACGACGACCGUGGCACCGGUGGGCCGAGCGAGGUCGGGCACGCAGUCCAACUGGCUGCCAUCGAGCUGCUGGACCUGCUCCGGGCGCACCAGGCCGGCUACCUUUCGCAGUAUACGUUCUCACUGCACUCGUUCGAGGUAGCGUCGCGGGCACCGGCAGUCAUCGGGUGCAUCCACAAGCCGCGCUCGCUGCUCGACAUCCACCACCUCGAGGUGGCGCGGCAGCUCACGCUGCUGCAGUACCACUACUACUUCCAGAUCCGACCGGCUGAGCUGAUGGACGCGGCAUGGAAGUCGCGGAGCGCGUCGUUCCGGGCGCCACACGUUGUCUCUGUCCUCAAGUGCACCGAGGACAUCGAGCGGCUCUUCCAGUCCGAAGUGCUCUCGCUCGACGACGCCGAGUCACGGGCGCACGCGUUUUGUCAUGCGCUCGACGUGGCCGACGCAUGCUUGGACAUGGCUAGCUUUUCGGUCGCACUGUGUGUGGUGCGGGCGCUGACAUCGCCGCCGAUCGCGCGGCUGCGGCAGACGCUGGCACGAGUGCCUGGGCGGUACCGUGAGCGGCUGGCGCGAUUCGAGGCGCUGUUUCUGGUCAAGGCUGCAGCCGAGUACCACUCUAUGCUUCAGCACACCAAGCCGCCAUUCCUGCCUGCCCUCCCGAUCCACCUUGGUGAGCUGAGCCUCCUGCAUGACAAGAUGGAGACUGUUCAGCGGCGUAGGUUUGUCAAUGUGGCCAAGAUGGAGGCGUACACGGCGACGAUCUCGUCGAUUCUCCGGUUCCGAACUCAGCGGUUCUUGUUCCGACCCAACAUGAUGGUGGCGCAGUUUCUAGAGGGCGCGCCCAAGUGGGAGCCAGAGCGGUGCCACGCGAUUUCGCAGGCGCUGGAGGCCGACGGGGCAAGCGGUGGCGAGGUAGUGUGUGUGGAGCAUGCGCCUCGGCCGAUGCCAUUUGUGCAGCCGCUGCUGGAGGGACUGGACGAGCCGCGGUUCCUGGCGCGGUUGUUCCAGGUCAUGACCGUCGAACACUUUGACGACGGCGAUCGGAUUGUGGCCGAAGGCGAGGUUGGCGAGUCGAUGAUGUUCAUCAACCGCGGACAAGUGCGGGUCACUUUCUCGAGCGGAGCGGCGGAAAAGGUGCUGCAAGAGGGCGACUUUUUCGGCGAGGUGGCGCUCUUCCUCCGCGUUCGCCGCUCGGCCUCGGUCUUUGCGGUCAGCUCUGUCGAGCUGCUGGUGCUCUCUGCAGAGCGGGCGAACGAGCUCAGGGCCGAGUUUCCGGUCAUGGACACGUACUUUGGCAAGCUAUCGCAACAGCGGAUGGCGGCGCGGCUCGGCGCCGAUGUCCUGGCGUCGAGCUCGGGCGGCGGUGGCUCGACGCGCGAGACAAGCUGGAUGUCGCGGCUGGCGACUAAGAUCAUGCAGGAGGCCCACGACGUCCGGGUUCCGCCCGAGUUUGUGCGUGCGUUGCAGGCACGGCUCGUCUCGCGGCGGUUUCCCGACGGCGAGCAUGUCAUUGUGGUGGGCGACACCGCGCGGUCGAUGUACUUUGUGGUGGAGGGCGCGGUCGAGUUUGAAAUGGGCGACGGACGGAUGUUUCUGUCUGACGAGCGUGCGUUCUUUGGCGAGCUCGCGCUCUUCCUUGACCAACCGCGCUCGGCCUCCGUCCGGGCCGUCGGCGACGUCGAGGCACUCGAGCUGACGCUGGAGGAUACCGAGGCAGUCAUGGCGCUGUAUCCCAAGAUGCGGCGGCAAUUUGUUCAGGUCUCGCAGCUGCGAGUCUCGACCGGCUCGCGGUUCCGGCCACCACAGUGGAUCCGCGACGUCGCCGCCGCGCUACGGCGCAACUACCUCCUCACUUCGGCCCACCCGUCGAGCGCAGCGUUGGCGGCCGCCACUUCGGCAUCGGCAGCGCUCGUCGCAACAACGUCGGCUGAAGCAGUGAGCGGAGCUGGGCCAUCAAGUGUGGCCGAGCGACGGCGGCAGCAGCUGAGCCGGUCGAGCAGCGGGCGCGGGCGAUCAAACUCACUCUCGGCGCCGUUUCUUGUCGACGAGCAGCUCUCUGCUACCGAUCGCAUGGCACCCGUCUAGCGGCUUUGUGUGUCCGCGUGAGGGCAGAAUGUGCCUCAGAGUACACGUGAGACAUCAUUGUAGAAGACUCAUCGGCAAGUACCACACAGGAAGGGGCUGGCAGUGGAGGUGGAAGGGAGAGAGGAGGGCGAGCAAGGCGCCGCGCAAUAAAAAAACCUGUCAGUC